CUCUGGCCCCGCCUCCCAGUUGUCCCCUCCCCUCCCUCCGAGUGUGUGUCAGUGACCCAGAGGCGGUGUGAGGCGGAGGGGACCGUCGGGGGGCGCCGCCGCCGCCGCCUCCAACAGCAACACCAGCCCUGCCUCACGAUUGGAUUUGUCUCAGGCCCUCUGGGAGCGCGCCACAAAGAGGGCCCCGCGGCUCUCCCUCCGCCAGCAGCUUCUUAGCUCUCAGCUCCUCGGUCAACUUCCUCCUCGCCGGGCUUGGCCGGCUGGCGGGGAAGGCGGCGGCGAAACGCCGGUCUGUCUCUUUGCGCUCACGGCGCACACACUUCACCCGCUUACUCCGGAUCUCGGGGCAGUGCUGGGAUACCGGCCACCAACAAUUGUCCGGAAAUAAUGCAAAAGGUGUUCCAAACCUCCUGAUCCGUGAACAGAGAUUUGAGAAAGCCAACCAAGCUCAUGUUUUCUCCUGAUCAAGAAAAUCACCCAUCCAAAGCACCAGUAAAAUAUGGUGAACUCAUUGUCUUAGGGUAUAAUGGGUCUCUCCCAAAUGGCGAUAGAGGAAGGAGGAAAAGUAGGUUUGCUUUGUUUAAAAGGCCCAAGGCAAAUGGGGUGAAGCCCAGCACUGUGCACAUUGCUUGUACUCCUCAGGCUGCAAAGGCAAUAAGCAACAAGGACCAGCAUAGCAUAUCAUAUACCUUAUCUCGGGCCCAGACAGUGGUGGUUGAGUAUACUCAUGACAGCAACACUGAUAUGUUUCAGAUUGGUCGGUCAACUGAAAGCCCCAUUGAUUUUGUAGUAACUGACACAGUGCCUGGAAGUCAAAGUAAUUCUGAUACACAGUCAGUGCAAAGCACCAUAUCAAGAUUUGCUUGUAGAAUCAUAUGUGAACGGAAUCCCCCCUUUACAGCACGGAUUUAUGCUGCAGGAUUUGACUCAUCAAAAAACAUCUUCCUUGGGGAGAAGGCAGCCAAAUGGAAGACAUCAGAUGGGCAGAUGGAUGGCUUGACGACCAAUGGAGUUCUUGUUAUGCAUCCACGCAAUGGGUUCACAGAAGACUCCAAGCCUGGAAUAUGGAGAGAAAUAUCAGUGUGUGGAAAUGUAUUCAGCCUCCGUGAAACCAGAUCAGCACAGCAGAGGGGGAAAAUGGUGGAAAUUGAAACCAAUCAGUUACAAGACGGCUCGUUAAUUGACCUGUGUGGUGCGACGUUGCUGUGGCGUACUGCAGAAGGCCUGUCUCACACUCCCACAGUGAAGCAUUUAGAAGCUUUAAGACAAGAAAUCAAUGCAGCCCGACCUCAGUGCCCUGUAGGGUUCAACACACUAGCGUUUCCUAGUAUGAAGAGGAAAGAUGUGGUCGAUGAAAAACAGCCCUGGGUCUAUCUAAACUGUGGCCACGUGCAUGGCUAUCAUAACUGGGGAAACAAAGAAGAACGUGACGGAAAAGAUCGUGAAUGUCCCAUGUGUAGGUCCGUUGGUCCUUAUGUCCCUCUGUGGCUUGGAUGUGAAGCUGGAUUUUACGUGGACGCCGGCCCUCCAACCCAUGCGUUUAGCCCGUGUGGGCAUGUGUGUUCAGAAAAGACAACUGCCUACUGGUCCCAGAUCCCACUUCCUCAUGGUACUCAUACUUUUCAUGCAGCCUGUCCCUUUUGUGCACAUCAGUUGGCUGGUGAACAAGGCUACAUCAGACUUAUUUUCCAAGGACCUCUAGACUAACAGACAGUUGUCCUUCAGGACUCCAUUAUAAAUUUAUAAGCUAAGAGAUUUGGGAUUUCCAACCUGUUGUCCACAUCACAGUUUCUCUGCUCUGAUCAUUUGCAUUAAGAUGAAGAGCUUUUCUAAACGUUUAUAAUAGUAGCAAUUUCUGAACAAAAAUCUGGGAAACUCAAGCAGAGGAAUUUCUGAAAGUACCAGAAUUCUAAGUCCUGAGUUUUGAAAAUCUAUUUUGAGGAAAAAAAGACAUAGUCUCAAAUUGAUGCCUUCGUUUUCGUGUUUUUUGAAUCACCCAUUCUCAGCGCUCCGUACUUGUUUUGUAUGGCUGAGGGUCCUGUUGGUUCAAACUAUGUUAAUUUACAGUUUGUUGCAGACAUUGUAAAAUACAACAACAUGUAUAUUAACUUCUUUUCUAUUUAUCUUUAUUCUAGAAAUACCGUAGAAUGUUCUUGGUCUAGUGGCAUGAUAGCAGCGGUGUCACAUCCUUGGUGUGAAUGGUAGCUUAGCGAACGAAAUCAAGGAUUUGCCAGGUUAGAAAGAAGAACAAGAGAGCCUCUCCCCACCACCUAAACAUUCAUCUGAACAUGAAUCUGGUAGAUUAGGAUACUUUGUAAAACCGAAUUCAUAUUAAUUACCCAUGGUGUAAGAUGUGUUUGUUUUUAACCACGUUGAAGAUAAUCAGGAAAGAUUUUUUUUUUUCCUUGAUAUUUCUCUUGAGUGUAGUACUAUAACAAAAAUUAAUGCUAAGAAACAUUUUAUAUGCUCCUUUGAAUAUGCAAUUUAAUCUAGAUUAUCUAUUUUUCUCCCAUGAUUACUAAUCUCUUUUUAGUAUCAGCAAUAUUUGGCAAGUUUAUUUUUUAGAUAUAAACUGUGGUUCAUCUGCUCACUAUUUGUAGAAAAAAAGAAAAUUCAUUCCCUUGAUAAAAAGCAUAAAUUAACACUUGAAAGGAGUGUGACUUGAUUUGUUUUGAGAAAAUGAAAUGCUUAAUUAAUUAAUUUUUCUAUAUUUGGCCUUCUCCUGGGCAUUAGAAAAUUGAGAUCGAGAAGGUUGAGUGACAGCCCUUUUUUGUAAAUGCAGCAGACCAGCCUUAACAUGGGUGUGAAUCCUGAGGAGAGUUACUAUAGUGUGACUGAAGUUUGGCUUGUAGACCAGCCCCAUAACAGCAGAGUGGGGAGACAUCUUGCAUGGUCUGCUUAGUCUCUAAGUCCAGUAAUCCCUUUGUUUGCAGAAGCAAGAAAGGCUUUUCCUCCGUCCCCACACGUUUUUGUAAUGUACACAAGAAAACUAUACACAGUUGCACUACAUCAAACCCUUUUGCGAUACUUGUAGAAAUUAGUGAACUUUUAAAAUAGAAGGCUCAUUUUUUAAUCUUUUGUUUUCCUUUAGUUCAAAAAGUUGUAGAAUACUUCAUUGACAGUAGCAAAUUUAUGUAUGUGAUAGCGUAGCUUUAAUUUAUCCGAGUAUGCAGUUCUGAAUUUUCUUUUGUUUUUUUGUUUUUUUUUUAAUUUUUCUUUUUAGAAGCCAUGAACUAUUUUAUUUUUCUUCAGCUGUCAAAACUUUCCUCGUUUUUAAAAAUGAUCAUUUGGGUUCACUCAGGAAAUGCAUGUCAGGAAACUUGUAUUAUAAGUUUAUUGUUGUUAUGUAUCAGUAACUGCUGUUACCCCUUUUUCAAAGAAAUAUAAUUGAUUUUGAAGUUUUCUAGAUUGUCACAUGCCUUGUGACUAAUGCAAGGAAAUCAGUCCUGUGUUGUAUUUGUUCUAAUCAUUUCUAUUCAGGCUAUAUAUUGUAGCUAAUUUUUAUUUGCAAUUAAUUUAUUCAAACUAAGUAAAUACUUUUCAAAACAGAUUCUCGAGUUUGUCUCUGAGUUCAUUUGUGCAUAACUGAGAGUGGGAAACCAGAAGUGAAAACUUGUGCACAGGUCUACCCAUCCUCCAAACAUAAGCAGGUGAACUCACUGAAGAGUUUGCGUUUAAGGAGCCUCUGGAGCAGCUCUGGUUCUCUGGGGAAAGUGUCUCUUACUGGGUCAUAGAGGGACUUUGCUUCGUGGCUGA